AUGGCUCUUAGAAAUCUCAUUUACCAAUAUAUUUUAAUGUUUAUUAUUUUAUUUAAACAUUGGUUUCUUACUCUAAUUAAUCUCAUCACAGGUGGAUCUCCACUUAAAGAUUUAAGUUCUGAAAUUAUACUUAUCACUGGUGCUGCAAGUGGAAUUGGAAAAGGUGUCGCUCAACGAUUAGCUCGUUUUGGUUGUACACUUAUUUUAUGGGAUGUUGAUAAUGAAAAUAAUCAUCGCGUGGCUGAAGAACUAAAUAAUGCAACAAAUUCAAAACGAAUUCAUGCAAUGAAAUGUGAUUUAACACAAAAGGAAAAUAUAUAUGAAUGUGCUAAAAAAGUUCAAGAAACAAUCGGUCAAGUAACAAUGGUUAUAAACAAUGCUGGUAUUGUUUCUGGUAAACAUUUUCUUGAUUGUAGUGAUGCAUCAAUUCAACGUACGUUUGAUGUGAAUAUUAUGGCUCAUUUUUGGAUUUUAAAAGCAUUUUUACCAUCAAUGAUAGAAAAUAAUUAUGGUCAUAUUGUAACAAUUGCAAGUAGUGCUGGUUUAGUCGGUGCAUCAGGUUUGGUUGAUUAUUGUUCAUCAAAAUUUGCUGCUGUUGGUUUACAUGAAGCAUUAACACAUGAAUUAUAUAGUUUAAAAAAAUAUGGCAUUAAGACAACAGUUGUUUGUCCAAGUUUUAUUAAUACAGGAAUGUUCGAAGGUGUUGGUACAAAUUAUGUUACUCCCAUGUUAAAACAAGAUAAUGUUUGUGAUUUAAUAAUUGAAGCUAUACGAAAAAAUCAACAUAUGUUACUUAUACCAAAAUUAUUAGGUCUUAGUCUUGUUUUAAGCAGAAUGUCACCAACAGCUGCCGAACUUGAAAUACAAGAUAAGAUUGGUCUUCAUCAUUCCAUGGAUACAUUUACUGGUCGUCAUUAA